UGUUGCCCGCUCUCUACGGACAUAUCUCCCCUGGCCGAUUUUCCCAUCUGGGUUGUCAUCUGUGCCUUAAACCGGGGCUUGUAUCGAAUUUCACGAAUUUAAUUCUGCCUUGUUGUUCCCUGCUCCCAGUAUCUUUAUUUAUCUCUUCUUUUUCUAUUCGUCGUCAUUUUUACCCCCGGAACGAUUCCACUUUCCGUUUCCCAUGGCUGAAGAUGACGCUGAGCAGGCCUUCUUCCAGGCUCAGGCAAUGAAUGCAGAUUCUGGGGACUAUAAUGGGGUUGAUGAAGAUCAGGAUGCAUAUAGCUCGGAUUCAGAUGAAUAUGAUCCUUCAAAGACACUCCAUGACCAGUAUUCCGCUCCCGAGGAAGAUUUCAAGCCAAGUGAAAAUGUUUCUUCAGAUUCCCCCGUUUCAGACGCGCAACCCCAGACCCAAACUUCUCCCCCCCAAGAAUCAGACCCUAGUCAACAGGCUGGCAAUGCCUUCCCUUCCCAAACACCUUCACCACCUGAGUCCCAGGCUUCGAUGUCGGUGCCUGUCUUGGGUACCUCUGUUCAGCCGAAAACCAGAACAAUUGGGGGGUUUGUGGUCGAGGAUGAGGAUGAGGAUGACACGGGGGAUGCGGAUUAUGAGCCUCCAGGUGUACUAGGUGUCGAAGACGUGAAUACUAUACCUUCGCAGCCCAUUCGAGGAAAUGCAAUUGAAGCUACUUCUACCCCUGAUGUAUCUUUGGAUGAAGCUGUGCAGGACUCUGCCAGCGCGAAGAAUGUUCCUAAUAGUUCUCUUCCUUCUGUUCCUGUCGCCUCUAAAAAUGAUGGGUCUAUGUCUUUAGGCCAGAAUAUGUACAACUCACGUACUUUGCAGCCUGAGAAUGCGCAAGACAGCGCUACAGCUACUCCUACGCCUGAUUCUCCUUCCACAUCUAGGGGCCGUUUGCCUCAUGAUCGCAUUGGCAUUCUGGAAGACAGAAUCCAGGAAGAUCCUCGCGGGGACAUCCCAGCUUGGCUCGAGUUGAUUAAUGAGCACAGGAGCCGCAAUAGAAUUGAUAGCUGCCGAGAUGUAUAUGAGAGAUUCCUGAAGGUCUUCCCGUUCUCGGCGGAAGCGUGGGUUGCUUAUGCAAGCAUGGAAUCGGAACUCAAUGAGCUGUUUCGUCUGGAGCAAAUCUUCAAUAGAACACUCCUCACAAUCCCCGCUGUUCAGCUCUGGACGGUUUACUUAGACUACGUUCGCCGGCGUAACCCUUUAACGACAGACACAACUGGUCAGGCGCGGAGGAUCAUCUCUUCGGCGUAUGACUUGGCAUUCAAAUACAUCGGCGUCGAUAAGGAUUCUGGGUCUAUCUGGACCGACUAUGUUCAGUUCAUUCGUUCCGGGCCGGGGAAUGCUGGCGGCUCUGGGUGGCAGGAUCAGCAGAAAAUGGACUUGCUGCGGAAAGCAUAUCAAAAGGCGAUCUGUGUUCCCAUGCAGGCAGUCAAUACUCUGUGGAAGGAAUACGAUCAGUUCGAGAUGGGCUUGAAUAAACUCACGGGCCGGAAGUUUCUACAAGAACAAUCCCCCGCAUAUAUGACUGCUCGGAGUUCGUUUACAGAAUUACAGAAUAUCACACGAGAUCUAGUCCGGACAACACUGCCCAGGCUACCCCCUGUCCCUGGCUCUGAAGGCGAUGUAGAGUUCAUGCAGCAAGUUGAAAUCUGGAAGCGUUGGAUUAAGUGGGAAAAGGGAGACCCCCUUGUUCUAAAGGAAGAAGACCUCGCUGCAUUCAAAUCUCGUGUAAUUUAUGUUUACAAGCAAGCUCUUAUGGCCCUUAGGUUUCUUCCAGAGAUCUGGUUUGAAGCAGCUGAAUUCUGCUUCCUCAAUGAUAUGGAGACAGAAGGAAAUGACUUCUUGAAGAACGGCAUAGAUGCUAACCCAGAAAGCUGCCUGCUUGCAUUUAAACGUGCCGAUCGAUUGGAAAUUACCUCGGAGUCAGAGCAGGACCCUAUUAAACGGGGAGCUAAGGUGAGAGAGCCAUAUGACAGGCUUCUCGAUGCUCUUUACGACUUGAUUGCCAAAGCUCGCACGCGGGAAAACCAAGACGUCGCUCGUCUCGAGGAAACUUUCGCAAAAUUUAACCCCGAAAAACAGCAAACGAGGAACGACGACGACGACGAUAACCAAAGUGAGUCAAAAGCAAGAGAAUCUGUUAAGAACGCCCAAAUCGAGGCGGUCAGAAAUGCACACGCCAUCCAGAUAGGAAUUCUAUCUAAAACUAUCUCUUUCUCUUGGAUUGGCCUUAUGCGUGCGAUGCGGCGUAUCCAGGGUAAGGGCAAGCCGGGAGAAAUGCCUGGAUCCCGGCAAAUAUUUGCAGAUGCUCGCAAGAAGGGCCGGAUCACGAGCGACGUCUACAUUGCUAGCGCCCUUAUCGAAUACCAUUGCUAUAAGGAUCCUGCAGCGACAAAGAUCUUCGAACGAGGUGCCAAGCUAUUCCCGGACGACGAGAAUUUUGCACUCGAAUAUCUAAAGCAUUUGAUUGAUAUAAAUGAUGUCAUUAAUGCCAGAGCAGUCUUCGAGAUGACGGUGAGAAAGCUUGCUUCCAACCCGGAAAAUGUCCAGAAGACGAAGCCCAUAUUCGCAUUCCUUCACGAAUAUGAGUCGCGAUACGGCGAUCUAAUCCAAGUCAUAAACCUGGAAAACCGCAUGCGUGAACUGUUCCCUGAUGAUCCAACUCUGGAACAAUUUUCUCAUCGAUUCGCUGCUCCUUCCUUCGAUCCUACAGCCAUACGACCCAUCAUCUCCCCCUCUCAGACACGGCCGAAAUCAGCAUAUCCUCAAGAGCAAAUCAUCUCUCGUCAUGGUACCCCUACCUCAAGGUACCAAGAAGCGUCAGUGACGAACUCUCCAAAGAGACCCUUGGAGGAUUUCGAUGACGAUAUAACACGACCUCGCAAGUUCGUUCGGGCUGAGUCACCAUUGAAGACUGCCCAAAGACGCCAGAUAGAUCAGCAGAAACGAACCCAACCAAUGACUGGGACUCAGACCGGCUCCCAGUACCGAUCACAAGGCUCAGCUGCCCCCUUGCCCCGGGACAUCGUGUAUCUUCUCAGUAUUAUCCCUCCCGCAUCGACAUACACUGCGGGAAGGUUUUCUCCCGAGAAGAUGGUGGACCUUAUCCGCCGGAUAGAUAUGCCGACUUCUAUUUCCCAAAUCCCUCUACCCCAAUCUGCACGGGGCCUUGGAACAGGACAAACAACCAUUGGGGGACAAACAUUCUCUGGAACCUACCGUUCAUGAUAAUACUGCAUCCAAAGGACCAGAAAGACUAGCCUGAACUCGCCUUAUCUCCAUCCGUCUUCCUCCUUUCUUCUCAUUGAUGAUCGAUCCCCCCC